AGGGCGCGACGUGCGCGCGUGCCGCUGCGCUGCGCUGCACUGCCAGUGACCCAGAUAUGCCAUGCUGUCCGGCCCCCGUCCUCAUCCCGCAGCUCACUCACAGUACUGUUGCUGUCCGGCCUCCGUCACCUCACGCUUGACGAACGAUGCCGCCACCGUCUUCUUCCUCGCGCUACUCUCCCGGCCGGCUACUCGCCGCGCGCCCGGCGUCUGCCACCACGGUGGGGAGAUGGGCGUCGCGCCUGUCGUGCUCGCUGUCCAUGAACGGGUGCGCGCCGGGCGCCGGGGACCGCGGCGCGGUGUGCGUGCGCGAGGCGCGGGCGCUGCCGGCCGCGCCGGCGCCGCACGACGCCGUGGGCCAGCUCAGGGCCGCCGUGGACGCGCUCGUCGGCUCCGACGCGCCGCCCUCCGGCAUCAUCCGCAUCGAGGUGCCCAUCAGGCAGCGGGUGGACGCCAUCGAGUGGCUGCACGUGCAGACCGCGCUGCUGCCCCGCUGCUUCUUCUCGGCACGGGCGCCGUUGCCCGACGCGCCCGCGCUCGCCGGCACCAGCAGCUGCGGCAACGGCAACGGCAACGGCAACGGCAGUGGCCAUCGGCAGCAGCAGCCGGUGAGCGUCGCGGGCGUGGGCUCGGCGGUCUUCUUCCGCGGGACGGAGCCCUUUUCUCUCGCUGAUUGGCGCGCAAUCAAGAGAUUUCUUCCAAGGGACUGUCCACUGAUUCGCGCAUAUGGAGCCAUCCGUUUCGAUGCAACGAGUGAUGCUUCGGUUGAAUGGGAGGACUAUGGAUCAUUCUACUUCAUUGUUCCUCAAGUUGAGUUCAAUGAGCUCGAGGAGAGCUCAGUCCUUGCGACAACGAUCGCAUGGGAUGACUCGCUUUCAUGGACAUGGCAGAACGCUGUGGAGGAGCUCCAAUCAACUCUGCAAAAGAUAUCGCCUUGUUCUGUUCAAUCGAACAAGACCAGCCUACAAACAGCCAUAGUAAGUCUCAAUCAUGUCCCAACCAAGGCAUCUUGGGAUCUUGCAGUUACUAAAGCUCUUCAGAUGAUCAAAGGGAGGCAAAGAGAAUUGGUAAAGGUUGUACUGGCAAGGUGUAGCAGAUACAUUACUGAUACUUGCAUUGACCCUGUGGAACUGCUAGCUUGCUUGAAGGUUGAGGGCCAAAAUGCUUAUCAAUUCUGCAUACAACCACCAGAUGCUCCUGCGUUUGUUGGAAAUAGCCCAGAGCAACUAUUUCACCGGAAACACUUGAAUAUUUCCAGUGAGGCUCUAGCUGGUACUCGAGCAAGAGGAAAAACAAGGGCAGAUGACUUUCAAAUCGGUCAGGAUUUGCUUCUAAGUACCAAAGAGGAUAUCGAAUUUACUAUAGUACGGGAUAGCAUAAAGAACAAACUGGAGAUGAUCUGUGACGAGGUGGUUGUCCAUCCCAGCAAGGCUCUGCGGAAACUUCCAAGAGUACAGCAUUUGUCAGCACAGUUAGCUGCGAGAAUAAGGAACGAAGAUGAUGAGUUUGAGAUUCUAAAUACUCUUCAUCCGAGUCCAGCUGUUUGUGGCUUGCCAACUGAAGAGGCGCGCAGAUUCAUACGAGAUCAUGAAAUUUUUGACCGUGGAAUGUACGCCGGUCCUGUUGGUUGGUUUGGAGGAGCUGAAAGCGAGUUUGCUGUUGGGAUUAGAUCAGCGUUACUUGGAAAAGGUCACAGCACUUUAGUGUACGCCGGUGCGGGGAUUGUUGAAGGUACAAAUCCAUCUUUUGAAUGGGAUGAACUUGAUCUCAAAGCAUCUCAGUUUGCAAAGCUGUUGCGGUACCAAGAACAACAUAUUCGCUACCAAGAGGCUGAAAACUUGGGAACAGUAAUCUGAAUAGAGAAGUACAGUAGUAACUAGUAAGUCAUCACAAAGUUCAGCAUUCAUUUAGCUAGUUAUCGUACACUUAUUUGUUUGAUAGUAAACUAGAAGGGAUUUUCAGUUGAAAAAUUGUGUAAUUAUGGGAUUGAGAACGGGCGGCGGUGCUGGAAAAUACAUUGAUGAAUCAGCACGUGAAUGUAACAGAAUAUAUUUACAGCAUAAACUAUUUGAUUGAAUCAUCACGUGAAUGUAAUAAUAGACUAUAUUUACAGCAGAAACUCAUGGCAAUUGAAACACUCCAUUUUGCAA